GGCGCCGUGCGGGAAGCGGCGGGGCGGCGGCGGCGGCGCUGAGGCUGAGCAAGAAGAGGCCAGGCGGGGGCGGUGGAACAGGUGCGGGCGGGGCGGCCUCGCCGUCCGCAGAUCCCGCUCACCCGCGUCGGCGCCCGCAGGUCGGUUGGAGGCCUCCGCCGCCGGGCUCCGCGGCGCAGUGGGCAUGCGGGCGAGGCCCGCGCGCGCGUGAGCGACGAUGGGGACGCAGGGCAGCCCGGUCAAGAGCUACGACUACCUGCUUAAGUUCCUGCUGGUGGGCGACAGCGACGUGGGCAAGGGUGAGAUCCUGGAGAGCCUGCAGGACGGCGCGGCCGAGUCCCCGUACGCCUACAGUAAUGGGAUCGACUACAAGACCACCACCAUCCUGCUGGACGGCCGGCGGGUCAAGCUGGAACUCUGGGACACAUCGGGCCAGGGGAGGUUCUGCACCAUCUUCAGGUCCUACUCCAGGGGCGCACAGGGGAUCCUUCUGGUGUAUGACAUCACCAACCGCUGGUCCUUCGACGGCAUUGACCGGUGGAUCAAGGAGAUCGAUGAGCACGCACCCGGGGUCCCCCGGAUCCUGGUUGGGAACCGGCUGCACCUGGCCUUCAAGCGGCAAGUCCCGACAGAGCAGGCGCGUGCCUACGCGGAGAAGAACUGCAUGACCUUCUUCGAGGUCAGCCCACUGUGCAACUUCAACGUCAUCGAGUCCUUCACCGAACUGUCCCGCAUCGUGCUUAUGCGGCACGGCAUGGAGAAGAUCUGGAGGCCCAACCGAGUGUUCAGUCUGCAGGACCUCUGCUGCCGGGCCAUCGUUUCCUGCACCCCCGUGCACCUCAUCGACAAGCUCCCGCUUCCUGUCACCAUCAAGAGCCAUCUCAAGUCCUUCUCGAUGGCCAAUGGCAUGAACGCUGUUAUGAUGCACGGGCGCUCCUACUCACUGGCUAGUGGAGCAGGGGGCGGCGGCAGCAAGGGCAACAGCCUCAAGCGGUCCAAGUCCAUCCGACCACCCCAGAGCCCACCACAGAACUGCUCGCGGAGCAACUGCAAGAUCUCCUAGCUCGGCAGGCCGUGCCCCAUCCAGAUGCACUCUGGGAGGGCUCACGCUUGGGGAGUGCUCCCAGCCGGGCGCUGGGCCCAGCGCUGUGUGCAGGGAAAACUUUGGCCACACAGUCCCUCCUGGGAAGCGUGGGGA